AUGUCGCGGAUCUCUUCUUCCGGCUCCUUUGUGCCAUUGACAUCCAAAUCUGCGAGCAGACACCCCAAGGCUCGACCCACCGCAACGGCGACUAGCGUUGCAGGCCAGGACAUCAUAUGUGCUGUCAGCGAAUCUCGAGGUGUCUCAUCAACCGUGGGCUUGGCUUUCAUCAACUUGGCUACAGCUGAAGUUGUUCUCUGUCAGAUUUGCGAUAGUCAGAUCUACGAAAAGACAGUCACCAAGAUCGGCGUCUUUGAGCCCAACGAGAUCCUGUUUAUGAAUACCGCCAAAAAAUCCAAACUUUGCUAUAUUCUUCAAGAAAACUUGCCUGAUCCCAUUUUCACCUUCGCUGAUCGCAAAUACUGGUCGGACAAAACAGGUCACGAGUUCCUUGACCGGCUGGCAUUCCGGGACGAGGUGGAUUCUCUCAAAGUGAUUCUCAAUAGCAACUACUUUGCCGCUUGUUGCUUUGCCGCGGCUCUGAAGUAUGUUGAAAUGGAACUUGAGCGUGCUUUCGUCUCCCAUUCCCUCCGCAUCAAGUUUGAACCGUCACAGGGAUCUAUGACUAUAGACCUGGCGACGGUCGUAUCCCUCGAGCUGGUUCAAAAUCUCCACAAUACGAAAUCCCGAGACAGUCUAUACGGACUAUUGAAUGAGUGCCUUACUCCAAUGGGCGCCAGACUGUUACGCUCAAGUAUUCUACAACCAUCCACAGAACGGGUCAAGCUCACAGCGCGGUACAAUGCAGUCGAGGACUUGUCGACAAAGGAAGAUAUGUUUGUAUCUGUUCGGCAAGCACUGAAAGGGUGCAUCGAUUCCGAUCGGAUCCUGAGUUCGAUCAUCCUGGUGCCAACCAAGCAAACUGUUCAGUAUGUGGAACAGUCAGUCAACAACGUUAUUAUGCUCAAGUCCUACGUUUCUUCGAUCAAAAACAUAUAUCAGGCAUUGGGCGCAGCACAGAAUGAUAUUCUGCUUGAAAUUCGCGAGUUAUGCUCCCCGGAAAAGCAUCGCGCACUUGAACAGCUCAUGGCAGAAACCUUGAACGAGAGCGUGACAUACCAAAGCAAGCCACUAGACCUUCGGAACCAGAGAACUUACUGUGUGAAGGCAGGCGUCAACAGUCUUCUUGACGUGGCCAGACAAACCUACAAGGAAGCAAAUUCAGAUGCGACGGAACUCCAUUUUUUUUCUGACAAACUCCAAGAAGCUUAUGAUAUGACGCUUGAUCUCAGAUAUGAUACGCCUCGCCAGUAUUAUAUCUGUAUCCAGAGUGACCAUUUCGAAGCACUGCCCGAAGAAUUCAUCAACGUCUACCGCAAGAAGAACAGGACCGAAUGCCAAACACUGGAUCUUGUCAAGCUCAACCAAAAAAUUACAGAUGCUCACAAUGAAGUCAUCAGCAUGAGCGACCAGACAAUCCAGGAUCUUCUUCGUGAGGUUUGCAGUAUGGUCGCAGAGUUGUUCCGAGUAAGCGAGGCAAUCGCCAUGUUAGACAUGUUAGCAUCCUUUGUUCAGCUGGCAACUAGCUACGACUACAUUCGCCCAGAAUUGACAGUCAGGUUAGCCAUUAAAGCUGGACGGCAUCCAAUUCGUGAGCGAAUCCACUCUGGCAAGUUCAUUCCCAAUGAUGCAUAUGCAACACCCCAGACACGGUUUCAAAUCAUCACCGGUUGCAAUAUGAGCGGCAAAUCAACAUACAUCCGCUCACUAGCGCUUAUGACAGUGAUGGCCCAGAUAGGUUGCUUUGUACCAGCUCAAUACGCUUCAUUUCCGAUCGUUCACCAGCUCUUUGCGCGUGUCGCAACGAGCGACGACCUCGACGCCAAUGUUUCGAGCUUUGCGGCGGAAAUGCGCGAGAUGGCAUUCAUCCUGCGUAAUAUUCAACCUCGGGGAAUGGUGCUCGUCGACGAAUUGGGCCGUGGGACAAGUACCACAGAUGGGCUCGCGAUUGCUGUUGCCCUUGCUGAGGCCCUUCUUGCGAGUCACACUAUAGUAUGGUUUGCGACCCAUUUCCACGAUUUAGCUCGCAUUCUUUCCGAACGCAGUGGGGUCAUCAACCUACAUCUCGCGGCGAACAUCUCAGAUGAUGCAUCCAAAAUGACAAUGCUCUAUCAGAUAGGCAAAGGCCCAGUCCCCGAUCGCCGGUAUGGCCUAGCCCUCGCAAAGCUAGUCGAUCUCCCACCCGCAGUCUUGCAAGUUGCAGAAAGUGUCUCUGGGACAUUAGAUCAGCUCGCCCGUCAACGAAACUGUAACUCACGUACAGUUGUCAUUGCCAAAAAGCGGAGGCUAUUACUUUCCUUACGUGAACAGCUUCUAAUUGCUCGAAACAGUACAAUGGAUGAUGACUCACUGCGUCGCUGGAUGAUCAAGCUGCAAGAUGGCUUUUCAACAAGUAUGGCUACUCUUGAACUGGAUAGUGAUGCCUAUAGUGAGGGUGUGAAGCUUGAUGGUCCACCUGUUGUCUCCGAGGAGGAUUUGGAAAGCGAAUCAUUCAAGACGAAUACUACUACAAGUCGUCAAUCCCCGAGCAAGAGAUCAUCCACGAUUAAAACCAUUAUUAUUAAUUCGGAAUCGGAAUCGGCAAACUCAGAUAAUGAAAGCGUUGUGCUGGUUUAA